GAGCCACAAUAGUUGAUAUGGCUGUAAUCGUCACACCAGCCAAUGAUUAUGAGCUACCAGCUUCUGUUUUAGCUGCUCUUGAGCCUAAAGACACAAAACCUUAUGCCCUUCAAAAGGCCGAGGACAUUGUUGGGACCAUGCUGGCAAAGGGAUUUAUCCUUGGUAGAGAUGCACUGGACAAAGCAAAAGCUUUGGAUGAAAAGCACCAGCUCACGUCAACUGCCACAGCUAGAGUGUCCUCCUUUGACAAGAGAAUAGGCCUAAGUGAGAAGAUCAGUGUUGGCACUUCAGUUGUAAAUGAUAAAGUGAAGGAAAUGGAUCAGAAAUACCAAGUCUCUGAGAAGACAAAGUCAGCGCUGGCAGCUGCUGAACAGAGUGUCUUGACCGUUGGAUCUGCUAUCAUGAAGAACAUGUAUGUUCUCACCGGAGCAGCAUGGGUAACCGGUGCUUUCAGCAAGGUCACCAGUGCUGCCAACGAUGUUGGUGCAAAGGCUAAGGAGAAAAUAGCAGUCGAGCAGGAGGACAAGAAUGCCGAGGGUGGGCCUGGACAAGCAAACAUCUCAGAGAUCCCUGCAGCACACAGGGAGUUGGACUGCGAAUUCGCAAACAUACAUGUCUCUGAAACCUCUGAAGAUGUUCCCAUGUCUUCCGUGACUGUCCCGCUGUUACAGAUGAGGAGCCCAGCAUGGCCACUCCACCAGCUGAAGUUUCUAAAAAACCAGAAGCUGCACAGGGAUUAA